AUGCCUGAAGUGAAUGGCGUCAGAUUUGCGAGACUCUGGACGCUGGACAGCAGCGAGGACGAUGACAACGAGUUUGUGUGGAAUCCGGAGCUCGAGGGGCUUGAGCUGAAAGGCUUGCAUUUGCAAGCCCUUUUUGAUGGACUGGACUCAAGGACCACAGAGGUGGUCAUCAGUGCGCCAACCUUUGGACAAGCGAAGUCACUGCUGCUUGCUGCCUGCGAAGCAGCAGGAGCAGCCGCUUUCAGCCACGAAGAGGUUGAUGCCACAGCUAUCCGUGUGGUUGCAGAUGCUUUGAAGAGCCAUGCUGGCCGGGAGAUCUGCGGCCACCGCGCUUCCGUGUCCGAGGAGCUGGGCUGCUUGAUGCUUACGCUGCGCGAGUGUCGCAGUCCGCCUGACGAGAAAUUCAAGUCUGAGCUGUCUGCGUUCGUUGAAAAUUGCCUCUCGAGCGUGCCUUCCUUGCCCACGCUCGGCUUGGAUUCUACAAAGCCGGCUGUGAGUGCAGCUGCGCGGAGAGAGGGCUACGCAAGCCUAGGACUUGCGGCUGGCGCGGCAGGAACGGUGGUGACUGGAGGCAGUACCCUUGUAGCUGUGGGCUUUGCCGCAGCGGCUGCCAGCCUUGGUGCACAUGCUGCAAUGGCGCAGCAAGAUCCAACAAGCCCAGCAGUCGGCUGCGCCUUUGGCCGGGGAACUUCCAGGGACCUGCGUGUGAGCAAUGCCGCUUCAAUGCUCCGGGAGAUGUUGAAAACUGGGGUCGACCUUGUGUUGGUUGACGAGCUGACAGAGGAAGAGCGUGUCUUGGGAGGACACCUUGCCGCGUUGAGGUCACAGGAAGCCCAGGUCAUUGCUUCAGAAGAUGACUCCCCGCCCAACCUGGUCGCACCCCUUGGUCUGCUGGCGAGUGACAAUGACAAUCCUUUGCUGACAUCUAUGGUACUUUCUGCAAUGUCUUUGAUCACUGAUGCCGUAGCAGGAGGUGGUGACAUCAAUGGCUACUCGCUUCGCUCGGUUGCCGUGCGGGGUUGUCGGGGUUGCGCACUAAAGUUUCGAAGGGCCCAUUCGUGCCCCCUAAUGUAG